AUGAGUGACGAACCCUACGAUUUCGAGAAGGAAUUCCAGGCCGUCUUCAUCCCGAAGCAGAAACCCCCGCCUCAACCCACCGUCUCUGGCGAAAUGGGCGCUACAGUAUCUUGCUAUCCGCCACUCGGCCAGGUAACCCAACUCAAGAGCGGAAUUAUCGACUUCAUCGUGCUUCUGGAAGUUGAAGAGAAGGAUGCAAACGACCCUUGGGAGAUUGUCCUAUGGCAGUCGGCCGACGGCAAGGACUGGGUUGAAACUGACCUGUCUCGUAUGAAAGAUGGUUCUGCCCCGAGUUCCCUCCAGAUCGCGCCAGCUCACAAGUCCCGACUAUAUUUCAGUGCUUCUCUCGCGGUAGCCUCCGCACUGAACUUCACGCUCAAGUUUCGCAACAACUCCGACAAGCCGUGGAGAUGGGCGAGAGACGAACAGAGUAUUGGUGAUGGGACCAUCAUUAUCAAUGCCGAGAAGACGAGUGCCAAGGCAUUGACCAGCUUCACUGAUAUUGUCAAGAACCUGAACCCAGAUCUGACCAUUGCAAGAGCCUCAAGCCAAUGCCCCGGCACAGAGCUCUGGGUCAUUGAAGCACCUGUGAAUGCGGCGAACGGCGAGGACUCUACUCGCGCCGAUUACAGGUUAGGUGUACCCUGGGGAGGGUAUUUGAGAUGGUUCGCUUUGGUCCGUAUCUGGACUCCAUGGCUUGCCCCCCGGCAUGGGAAGACCGAGUUUGGUCUCGACAAAGAUGCCAUUAUGGUAGCGUUCCUGAGCCCCCAAGGCAAGCAUCUGGUGCUGCUCGGCGUCAGUGGAGUCAACGAUGUCAUAACCGUGUUUCGACACUCGGAGUCUGGAGAGCCUUCUAUACAUUUGCGCAACGAUGGCGAGAACUCCACAUCUGGAAUUGUCCUGGCUGCUAUUGGCGACAAUUUUGAGAGUGCUCUGGCGGCCGUCAUGUACCACUCUAGGAAUGUGGUUUAUGCUGCGAAGCAAGUCAACAACGAGUUGGAAGUUGAGCUUGAAGCCCUUAGAGACGGGGUAAAACCUGAAUGGAUGGAAAAUUGGUACGAUGGACUGGGGUACUGUACUUGGAAUGCCCUCGGACAAGACCUUACUGAUGAAAAGGUCUUCAAGGCCGUUGACACGCUCGCGGAAAACAACAUCAACGUCACGAGUCUCAUCAUCGAUGACAACUGGCAGGAUAUUGACUACACACAUGACAGUCAAUUUCAGCGUGGAUGGAAGAGUUUCGAAGCAGAUCCCAAGACAUUUCCGAACGGCCUCAAAAAUACAGUCCAGCGCAUACGCUCGAAGCACCCUAACAUUCAGCAUAUCGCUGUAUGGCACGCGCUCCUGGGGUACUGGGGCGGCAUUGCGCCAGAAGGCAAACUGGCUACGACUUACAAGACGGUAGUCGUUGACCGAGAAGACGCAAAGAGGCGAAAUCUGCCCUUGGGAGGACCCAUGACGGUAAUUGCCAAGGAAGACGUGGAUACGUUCUAUGAUGACUUCUAUAAGUUCCUCUCGGACUGUGGCAUCGAUGGCGUCAAGACGGAUGCGCAGUUUAUGAUCGACACUUGGGAAUCGGCAAAGCACCGUAGAGAGCUCACAAACACCUACCUUGAUGCCUGGAUGAUAUCGUCGCUGCGACAUUUUAGCAUCAAGGCCAUCUCCUGCAUGUCGCAGACGCCUCACAUCUUGUUCUAUUCUCAGCUUCCGCGGAACCGUCCUGCGGUACUGGUCCGCAAUUCGGAUGACUUCUUUCCGGCCAUUCCCAAGUCGCACCCUUGGCACAUCUGGACGAACGCCCACAACAGCUUGCUAACGCAGCAUCUCAAUAUUCUGCCAGAUUGGGACAUGUUCCAGACAGUGCACGACUACUCAGGCUUUCACGCCGCCGCUCGAUGUGUUAGCGGUGGUCCAAUCUACAUCACCGACGCGCCCGGGCACCACAAUCUUGAUCUUAUAUAUCAGAUGACUGGCCCAACACCUCGGGGCAAGACCGUUAUCUUCCGACCCAGUGUCCUCGGCCGUUCUAUCGAUCAGUAUGCCGGCUAUGAUGACGAUGCCAUCCUCAAAGUUGGCUGUUAUCAUGGUCGCGCUGUGACUGGCACGCCUAUCAUCGGCGUCUUCAAUAUAUCCGCCCGACCCUUGACUGAACUCAUUCCUCUGUCACGUUUCUCUGGAGUCGUACCAUCCUUGAAUUACAUCGUGAGGGCGCAUAGCAGCGGGGUUGUGUCUCCCAUCGUCAAGCCUAGCUCAUCUUCAGCAUUGAUACCAGUUUCACUCGAGGUCAGGGGCUACGAUAUCUUCUCUGCGUUCCCGCUGUCGCAGUUCGACAGCGAGUCCAUCGGACGCGUGUACGCAGGCAACCUAGGGCUCCUUGGUAAGAUGACAGGCGCAGCAGCCAUCACGUCGUCUGAGUUUGAGUUGCUGCAUAACGGCCGAGUAUUACUAGAUACAAGACUCAAGGCCCUAGGUAUCCUUGGUGUAUAUCUUUCAACCCUGCCCCAGAUGACUAUUGAGGACGACUUCUUGGUCACAAUCCAGGGGCAGACGAUACCGCCUCACACCGUGUCCAUCAACCAAGCAGAUAAGCAUGUGCUGGAGAUUGACGUGGAGCGUGCGUGGAAUGAAAUGGGACUCAAGGCUGGCUGGAGUAAUGAAGUCGAGGUCAAGGCCUAUUUUACCAUCGAGCAUUGA